CCGCUAAGGCCAGCCUCAUUACAUCCUUCUCUCUCACCACCACUACCACCACCACCCGCUCACCCGGUGAUGGACCGCAGAGUCAUCCACGACUGGCUGCGCUCCAUCCUUACGCCCUAUGCCGACUCUCAGCGAACAUUCGCCGACGUGACCUCACUCCUCGACGGCUAUCCCUCCUUGUCUCCGCGUACGGACCUGUACAUCUCCAACGUCGGCCAGUCCUCCCUCCUACUUCAGCUGCAUGGUACGCUGCCUAUUCAGUACCGAAAUGCCACCUACAAUAUCCCUGUGCAGCUAUGGGUGACUAGGGCCUACCCGAGAGAGCCGCCAAUAGGGUUCGUCACGCCUACGAGCACCAUGCUGGUCAGGAAGACAGGGGAUGUUGAACUCGAUGGUGGGAUUGAGACGGAGUAUGCCAAGCAGUGGGGCCGAAAGUGGGAGACGAAGAACCUCGUAGCAUACGUCCAAGCUGCACAGGAAGCCUUCUCACAGCAGCCGCCCGUCUACGCCAAGCCCGCAACAUCAGCAGCAGCAGCAGCGCCGGCCUCGACACCGCCACCUGCAAGAUCAGCGACAGAGCCGAAAUCUUCCUCUGCAAAAGCGGCGCCAGCGCCGGCACCAGCAUCAAGUAGCUCCCCAGCACCCGCAGCAUCAACUCCCGGAGGAGGAGGGAAGCCUCCACCGCCGCUGCCAGGUCAGGCUAGUAGGGCGGCUACGACUCCCCCAGGACAGUCUCCUCGCGAAGGAAGCGCCGUACCGCCGCUUCGUCCCCCAAAGCCAGGCCAAGCCGAACACUCCUUUUCCUCUCCACUCCAAUCACCCAGGGUCGUCUCAACGCCAGGCCCCUUUCAUCCCACACAGCCCUUGGCCCCUCGUGAGCAGCAUCAGUACGGAAAUCACGGCGGUGCUGGGGGUGCGUACCACCCGCAAAGAGCGUUCACUGUGGAUGUCAACAGCGGUGCGGGAGGCUACUCGCCGCAGCGUUACGCUGCCCAACAGCCGCUCCCACAGAGCCCUGCGCUUCAUCAGCAGCAGCAAGGCGGCUGGCAGCCACCGACGCAAGGGCAUGGAUACGGUCAAGGCGACCAUGCUCAUACAGAGCAGCAGCAAUAUCAACAACAGCAUCAAGGCCCGCAGAGAAGAUUCUCAGCCCACCACGGGGACAGCGGUCCAGCUCACUACUAUCAGCAGCAGGACGCGGUCGGAAGUAGUAGCAGCGGACAUCACUCAUACGGCCCACCACCGCACAGCAACGGCUAUGCAUCACCCGCACCUCGCCCACCUCCGCCUGCUGCAGAGUACGCUGCAGGACCAGGAGCAGGGCAAGCCCCUGCGCCAGUUCUGACAGCGCCACCCCCGCCAGCGAAACCGCGCGACCUCCUGGCCGAGGACGACGAUGAAGGAGCCAGCAACAGUGGCCCCCGCAGCAAUGGAGGAGGCCCGCCUGGAUCCUCUGUCAGCUCAGCAGCGACUUCAGGCCCCGCACCUCCUCUGCCUCCCAACCCUCACCUACAGUCCCUCCAUGCGCAGCUACACCAUCAUCUCACCUCACGCGUCCACGGGAUCCACUCCCACUUCCAGCAAAAAAACGACUCUCUCCGCCUCCUCUCCAGCGACCUCGAUUCUGCACCCGAUAGGAUCAAGGACGAGGUUGCUCGCCUCGAAGUAGUGCGAGACCUCUGCCGCGUAGCUGCUGAGAAGUGGGAAGGGGCUCUAGGGGAGGCCCGUUCCCAAACUGCAGAGCUGGCCCGUCGGACAAGGGAGAGGGAGCAGGACGACGGCUCAGAACGUGAUCUUAUCCUGGCUGACUCCAUCGUGGGGUCGCAGCUCAUGUCCUUGAUCUCGCAGGAUAUGGCCCUCACUGACGUGCUGUACCAUUUGGCGCGAGCUCAGGAGGUUCAUGCUAGUGUACCUGGGGCUGUACUGGGUGACCUGGAGCGCUAUCUCAAGUGGGUGCGCAACUUGGCGAGAGAGCAGUUCUUGAAGAGAGGGUUGGGUGGAAAGAUUGUAGGGGGUUUGGAGAUGGGAGGGGGUUAGUGGGACGAGAGAAACGAGGGAGUACAAAGCGGAGCGCAGUGAGAGAGCGAGUUGGUUCGCAAUCGCAUGUCUUGCAUAGUGGU